UUCAGUCCUUCCUUCACAAGAAGGCAGAAACAUCUCAAAGCCUGCAUGUAAGAACAUCUACUAAGAUCUUUUUUUUUUUUAAUUAGGCACCAGAAGAGGGGGGUGGGAAGAAAAAAGAAACAGAAGUCAAAAACGUAACUCCCCAAGCCUUGGAUGUAGGAGCAAUCAGAAGCAAUGGACUGGUUCCUGUACAGAACCGCUGCCGUUCUGUUUAUUUUAGGGGUGGUGGUAGAGAUCAACAGUGAAUUUCGAGUUCAGGUAAGAGACUAUAACAGCAAAAAUGGAACCAUAAAAUGGCAUUCCAUCAGAAGACAAAAGAGAGAAUGGAUCAAGUUUGCAGCAGCUUGUCGAGAAGGUGAAGAUAACUCAAAGAGAAAUCCAAUCGCUAAAAUUCACUCAGACUGUGCCAAGAACCAACAAGUUACAUAUCGCAUUUCUGGAGUGGGAAUUGAUCAGCCCCCUUAUGGAGUCUUCAUUGUUAAUCCCAAAACGGGUGAAAUUAAUAUAACAGCAAUAGUUGAUAGAGAAGUCACCCCAUUUUUCAUUAUCUACUGUCGUGCUCUGAAUGUAAAUGGUCAAGAUCUGGAAAGGCCUCUAGAGCUCAGGGUCAGAGUUUUGGAUAUAAAUGAUAAUCCACCAGUAUUUUCAAUGACUGAAUUUGUGGGAAGUAUAGAAGAAAAUAGUUAUGCAAAUACUCUGGUAAUGGUGCUAAAUGCUACUGAUGCUGAUGAACCAAAUAAUCUGAAUUCAAAAAUUGCCUUCAAGAUCAUCAGUCAGGAGCCUUCAGAUGCCCCAAUGUUUAUUUUGAACAGAUAUUCUGGAGAACUGAGAACCAUGAAUCCUUUUCUGGACCGAGAGAAAUAUGCUACGUAUAGUCUUGUGGUAAGAGGCUCUGACAGGGAUGGAGCUGUAGAUGGGUUGUCAGCACAAAGUGAUUGCAGAAUUACAAUUUUAGAUGUCAAUGAUAAUUUCCCAAGACUUGAACGCCCCACUUACACAAUAAAUAUCCAAGAGAAUAUGAUUAGCCAGGAGGUGAUGCGGUUCAGAGUUAUUGACUUGGAUCAAGAGGGAACAGAUAAUUGGUUGGCACUCUUCUUCUUUAUAUCAGGAAAUGAAGGAAACUGGUUCGAAAUUGUAACAGAUGAAAUGACUAACGAGGGAAUUUUCAAAGUUAUUAAGCCUCUUGAUUAUGAAGAAAUACAGAAUCUGCAGCUUAGCAUUGGUGUUAGAAACAAAGCUGAAUUCCAUCAUUCAGUUAUAUCUCAAUAUAAAAUAGAAGCAACUCUUAUCUCAGUAUCAGUUGAGAAUGUAAUUGAAGGAUCAGUAUUUGCUCCAGCUUCUAAUACUUACAUCAUAACUAAAAAUAUGCGCAAAAAUGAUGUCAUUGGAUCAAUGGUAGCAAUUGAUCUGGACACAAGAGGACCUUCAAAAACAGUCAGAUAUAUAAUGGGAACGAAUCCUGGUGGCUUGCUAGCAGUUAAUGAAAGAACUGGCCAACUUAUCCUGCAAAAUACAAUAACCAGAGAUGUAUACCAAAGGAUUGGAGGACGCUAUGAAGGAACCAUUCUAUCUAUAGAUGAUACUCUCCAAAGAACUUGUACCGGCACCAUUCUUCUUGAUUUAAGCCAGUUGGAUGGUGGAAUCAAUGGUGGUAGUGGUGGUAGUGGUACCGGUGGUAGUAGUGGUGGUGAUGGUAGUGAUGGUGGCGGCUCUCGUGAAGACACUCAUACUGAUGGCCCUGGAACCUCAACUGAUAAUGGUGGAGGUGGUGAUGGUGGUGAUGGUGGUGAUGGUGGUGGUGGUGGUGAAGUCAACACUGAGGGAAAUGGUGAUUAUGUAGAUGUCACCACCAACCCUACUGGUCCUCUAAACCCGGGACUGGACCGCCAAACACUUGGAGAUAAUGUACAUCUUGGUCCUGCAGGCAUUGGACUGCUUGUCAUGGGAUUCUUGAUACUUGGGUUGGUCCCAUUUUUGUUGAUAGCAUGUGACUGUGGGGGUACCAGUGGUGUGGGAGGAGGUUUUGAACCUGUUCCAGAGUGUUCAGAAGGGGCAAUCCAUUCCUGGGCAGUAGAAGGACCUCAGCCUGAUGAUAUAAACAAUAUCUGUGUGCCAGUUAUACCAGUGAUAGAUGCUACUGGAAAUAUGAAUGAAUGUAUUGAUACCACUGGAGUUUAUACAAAUGAAUAUGGAGAAAGAGAAAUGGGAGACCUAGGAGAAGGAGGAAUGGGAACAUCAAGAUAUGAAAUAUCAACUGGAGUAAAAACAUCUGCAGUCCCUGAAGUAUGUCAAGGAUAUUCUGGAACAUUAAGAAGGAAUUCCAUGAGAGAAUGUAGAGAAGGAGGCCUGAAUAUGAACUUCAUGGAAAGCUACUUUUGCCAGAAAGCAUUUGCCUAUGCUGAUGAAGAUGAAGGUAGACCAUCAAAUGAUUGUUUACUUAUUUAUGAUAUUGAAGGAGUUGGCUCUUCUGCUGGCUCUAUAGGCUGUUGUAGUUUCAUUGGAGAAGAUGAAGAUGACAGCUUCUUGGAUACUUUGGGGCCAAAAUUUAAGAAAUUGGCAGAUAUAAGCCUGGGAAAAGAGAUUGAUUCCUAUCCAGAUGUUGAUCAUACCUGGCCACCAGAGAACACUGAACCCAGUUGUCCUCCCCAGGGAAAUGAUAUUCCUGUUGGACACCCACCAAUGUCUCCACAUUUUGGUACCACCACAGUUGUUUCUGAGAGCACCUAUCCCUCUGGGCCUGGUGUUCAGCAUCCUGUACCGAUACCUGAUCCUCUGGGCUAUGGAAAUGUAACAGUGACUGAGUCAUAUACUACUACUGGAUCCCUGCAGCCCCAAGUACCUAUUCAUGAUCGAAAUAGCUCAAAUGUUGUGGUAACAGAGAGGGUUGUAGGACCCAUCUCUGGCCCCGAUUUCCAGGAUAUGUUAAAUCUAACUGAUUUCAGAGAAGGAUCUAAUGUUGUAGUGACAGAGAGGGUAAUUGCACCAAAUUCAAGACUACCUACCUCCUUGAAUAUCUAUGAUCCCAGAGAUACAUCAAAUGUGGUAGUAACUGAAAGAGUAAUUAGACCAACUUCUGGCCUGAUGGGCAAUCUAAGUAUUCAUCCUGACUUAUCCAGUGCCCAUAAUGUAGUUGUUACAGAGAGAGUUGUUUCAGGUGCCGGGGUAACUGGUGGUGGUGUUAGUGGUAUGGUUGGCAGUAAUGUGAGCAGAGGAGCUAUUACAAUGAGUGGGGCAGGUGUAAGCAUGAGUGGAGGUGGAAUAGGUUUGAGUGGAUCUGGCAUAAAUGGUGGAGGCAUUGAAAUGAGCAGCCUGGGAAGUGGGGGAGGUGGCUUGAGUAGUGUGGGUCUGAACAGCAGUAAUCUGGGUGGCAGUUCUACACUUGGCCAUGUGAGGAAUUCUGAUCAUUUUAACCAGACCAUUGGAUCAUCCUCCCCAAGUACAACUAGAAGCCGGAUCACAAAAUACAGUACCAUACAAUAUUCUAAGUAGUGAAUGUAUCUGAACCUUUUUCUGUGGCAAUUAUGACCAAAAUUUAGCUAUUUCACCCUACACCAAAAUAGCAUAUCAGGGUUAUUUAUGAUACAUAUCUAUACCCUUAAAUUAUACUGAAAUGUAAAGGGAUAACCCUAUAGUAUCACAACAGGAGAGAAAGAUCCUGUGACAUUGUUAUCAGGAAAACUUCUCUUGGGUACAAUUCAGUCAUUUCUUCUAUUAGUGCUAAUGAAAAGCUGAAAGUGGACUAGAGACAUGAGGUAGAUGUUGCAUUUAUCUAUAUAUGGCUUAGGUCAUGUUGCAAAUUUGGAAUAAAGGAGGCCAUAGUCAUAGAACAUCAUCUUUGUGCUUGGGGUUUUCAUUGGUUAGCUUGCUCUGGAUUGAACUUCCUGCCAUAUUGCUCUGGUAAAAGGGCACAUGUACCAUACUCAUUCAUUCAGGAAGAAUUUGAAUUGUGUAAAAAGCACUAUUUUGCUUUCAUAGAUAAUAUAUAUGAAAAAAAUAUACCAUGUACUUGAGUAGAAGUUAACCACAACAUAAUUCUUUUGGAUGUUAUUGGAUAUCUAUUUUAAGGAUUCCCUAAAUGUCCUCAUCUUGAUGGUAAAAAGAGCUUUAACUAGAAAAUAGGCCCUGCAAAGGAAAACUGUAUAGGAAAGUAACAACAGGAAAACAAUGUUUCAGAGCAAACCUGCCCAUGUUGCUGGAAUAUAAGGACUUGAAAUCCUCAUCCUCAGAGUCCUCAGAGCCAUCACAGCUCUAAGGACCCAAAGAAAGCCUUACAUUUCCUAGCUGGUGAUGAGCAGUGAGAAUGGGCAUGGUUUCUUCUGUAAGCUCUGACUAACGUAGCAGUAAAGCAUGUUUGUGUUGCAGAGUAAUAAAGUCACAAGAUUCCAGAUGUACAUCUUUAUUUAAUUUCUUCUCUUUUUGAUCAUCGUUUGAGAUUGUGAAAGAAAAAUUUUAAAAAACAAAUCUAGCAGGAAUACUGCAUUUGCAUAUUAAAAGAAGUCACGGUUGCUAUUGCCACUCAAAACUAAACAACCUCUGUAAUCAGUGACAUUACAUUACUUUUAUCUCUCAAUUCUCAUUUUCCUCAAGCAUCAUUUAUGCAUAUCUAGUCUUUAUACAUGUCUUCAUACAAACAUCUUACCACAAUUUAGUUUACGGGGCUGAGAAAAAUAAAAUGCUCACAAGUACAUCUGUUAGGGGGUAGGGGAGUACUGUGGGAAUACCCAAGGGGACCUAGUCUGAUACAUGAAAAAUAUUAAAUGGGAAACAAUUAGAAUGGAACUUUUCUGUACAGUAUUUGCUUAUAAUGUUGGUGGCUUUGAUUGAGCUUCAGGUCUCUGCCUUCUCUCUGCCUUUUUGAAGGGUUUGACUAGGAACUUAAACUGUUGUCUUUUUUGUUUUAAUAAAAACAUAAUAGCACUGAACAAAUCCAUUUCCCUAAUCCCCUAUUUGGAAUAUUUAAUUCUCAAUCCCAUUUCUCAGACAUUGCCAGUUUGAAUUUCAACCACUCUUUGACCUAUCUUACACGUUCCUUUUUUAAAUUAUUUUCCAAAUGUUGACAUGUGCUAUUUUUAUGCAGAAAAUAAAACAAAGGUCAGCAAUGUCUUGUUUUUAUUAAAUUGUUUAUGUAUGGUUGCUAUAUACUUUGUUAUGUAGUCAAAAUUUCUAAAGCCUAAUUAAUAAAAAGUUAAUAUUA